AUGAAGUCAGUGGCUUGCGGGGAGGACGGUGGUGGAUUGGAGGCAAAGACUUCUUGUGGCCAUAUUUUGACAUCAAGGGAGAGCAAUGAAGGGCUAUUUCGUAAUCAGAUCGAAAGAGAUAAAUUGUUCGAGAUCACCAAAAGGUUCCUCGCUUUCGCUGCAACGUUCUCCCUCAGUUUCGGCAACAUCAUAAUGAACAAAUUAGGUCUCAUGCAGCCUAAUUUUUUCAAAGUUACACACUCUUACCCUUCUUCUAUAAUCUCCUGCAUACACAAUGCACCACCACAUGGAGCAGCAGAAGUUUCACGAAUCACAAGUCUGGUCAAUGAGUCAACAACAUCUAGAGUCCUCAAAGAUGUUCACUUAUCGACACAGUUGCUAGAUGGCUUUCUUGAUCUUGCCGAAGAUAACACAAGCAAGGAUCUGGAGACAUGUGGCGUUCUUGGGGCGUUUCUUAAAGAAGGGACCUAUUAUGUAACAACUCUUAUAAUACCAAAACAAGAUUCUACUUCUAGCACAUGUCAGGCUGUUAAUGAAGAGGAAAUAUUUGCCAUUCAAAAUGAACAAUCCCUUUUCCCUGUUGGAUGGAUCCAUACACAUCCUUCCCAAAGUUGUUUUAUGUCAUCAGUUGAUCUACAUACACAAUAUUCUUAUCAGGUGAUGGUACCAGAGGCAGUUGCUAUUGUCAUGGCUCCCACAGAUACAUCAAGGAGUUACGGGUAUUUCCGAUUAUCUGACCCUGAUGGGAUGAAAAUUGUGAGGGAGUGCCAAGAGACUGGAUUUCACACCCAUUCAGAACCUCUCAAUGGAGCUUCCAUUUAUGAAGACUGCUCCAAUAUAUAUCUUAACCCUAAUCUCAGACUAGAAAUAUUUGAUUUACGUCAUUAAUGUUACUAUAAUAAUAAUAAUAAAACCUCGCAUUGUGUGAAAUUGUUGUAGACACAUAAAUCUUUUCAAGUGCGGUAAAUUACAAAAAACUCUUGUA